AUGAUACUGUUUUGAGGGAACACUCAAGUGCUCCUCCACUAAAAUCACAGUUGGUUUUUGUGGAUCUCUCUCUCUCUCUCUCACACACACACACACUAUAUUUAAAUUUGGAUAUGCAUGAGCCUAAGGGAACCAUAACCAAGAGAAGAAGAAGAAGCUAGAGAUGGAGAAAGCUAAUGGUAAAGAUGUUUCUCUUCAAGAACUUAGAGACAGGCUUGCUGAGUUUGCUGAAGUUAGAGGAUGGGAUCAAUAUCACAGUCCCAGAAAUCUCCUCUUGGCACUAGUGGGAGAGGUUGGUGAGCUUUCUGAAAUAUUUCAAUGGAAGGGAGAAGUUGCAAGAGGACUGCCCAAUUGGAGCUCUGAUGACAAAGAGCAUUUAGAGGAAGAGCUCUCUGAUGUUUUGCUUUAUCUUAUUCGUCUUGCUGAUGUUUGUGGUCUUGAUCUUGGUCAAGCUGCACUUACAAAGAUGGUGAAGAACGCAAGCAAAUACCCAAUUGGCAACAAAAAAUCUUCCACCUGAAAGUUUUCUGCUCAACUCUACUUUGUACUUUCAUGUUUUUUUCUCCUGUCGUUCUUGUUUUCUUUUUCCAAAGGUGGUGUUGUUGAGUGUAGUUUGUGAGAGAGAAGUACUAUGGUAUAAUUACAGAGCUUUAGAACAAAUUAAUUAAUCUCUCUUUUAGCAUCUAAA